AUGAUGAUUCCUCCAUCUUCAUCUAUUAAUAUGCCUGUGAACCAAAGACAAUCUGUUAAUGAGAUAUCUCACUCGAAUCCUCUUUCUGGUACUCUUUCUAUGCAAAGUGGGAUAAAUACAAGUAAUCCAUCAGGAUUAACUAUGAAUGACAACAUACAAUCUGAGAGAGAGAAAGUUUAUCAAUAUAUAGUUGAUAUGACAUGUGCAGCAAAACGCGAAGUGGCCUUAUCUAAGUUAUCUAAAUAUCGUGAAACUUUUUCAGAUCUACCUCCUUUAUUAUGGCACAGUUUUGGCUGCAUUACGGCUUUGUUACAAGAAAUUAUAUCUAUCUAUCCCUUAUUAUCACCUCCAAAUCUUUCAAGUCAAGCUAGUAAUCGUACUUGUAACUGCCUUGCCCUACUACAAUGUAUGGCUAGCCAUUCAGAAAUUAGAGGACACUUUUUAGCAGCUCAUAUACCUUUAUAUCUAUAUCCUUUCCUAAACACAAUAACAAAGUCACGUCCUUUCGAAUAUCUCAGAUUAACAUCCUUAGGUGUUAUAGGCGCAUUAGUAAAAGUGGAUGAUCCAGAAGUCGUCAGUUUUUUAUUACAAACAGAAAUUAUCCCAUUAUGCCUAAGAGUGAUGGAAACUGGAAGUGAACUUAGUAAAACUCUUGCUACAUUCAUAAUUCAAAAGAUACUUCUUGAUGAAUUAGGCCUUUCCUAUAUUUGUGCAACUCCAGAGAGAUUCUUUACAGUUUGCCAAGUUCUUGGGAAUGUAGUUACUCAACAUAAUGAGUCCCCAUCCCCUAGACUUCUUAAGCACAUUAUAAGAUGUUAUUUAAGAUUAUCAGAGAAUGUUAAAGUUAAGGAUGCGCUGAAACAAGCUCUUCCCUCAGUAAUUUUGUCCCCAAACUUUAAGGUUAUAUUUGAUGAUGAUGCAAUUACAUCUAAAUGGUUGCAUCAACUUUAUACAAAUAUUUGUUGA